UCGUAUAUUCAAAAUAUUACACACGGGAAUGAUGAAACACAAUUGUUAAUCAGUUGAUAAACGGACACUUAGAGAGGUAGACACGAACAGAGCCGUAAUCGGGCUUAACCAAAAUUGUGUAAAUAAAUAUAGCCGAAGCGAACGGCGUUAGGUAAACUACUUUGAAACCCACUGAGAACCCUAAAGCUAACUACCCGCACUGAGCAAUUUGAGUAGUGCACUGCGUUAAUUGUCAGAUCGAAAAUCAAACAGUCUGGGAAAAGCUGCCCGAAAAAUCGUCCGGUCGGAAGUCAAAUGUAAAGUCGAGAGACUAUUCAAGCAUUACGCGCUCUGUAGACCAUGUCCAAGGACAUCAUUACCGCAUCGACCAGCGGAUUCGCACGGGAGGUGGGUGGUGCGCAUUCGACACCAGGCGCCCCACCGCCCACUCCCGCCACGCCCCCUCGCCCGCUGCCGGAAAUGACCGUCGGCAGCCGCACUUUGGACCGCCGCUUAAAUCCCAACGCUCCUGUUUUUGUGCCCGAUUUCAAGGCAAGCCAGGUGGCCAAAAAUCUAUUCGAUGAGUUGUCGCCCUACACUCGCUGGAGCACGGCCUCGUCGGAGGACAUCUCCUUCGGACCUCGUUACGAGUCCAUUUGGCGUGAGGUCAGUCUCCAGAAGCUGCACCAGCGUCUGCCCAAUCCUCGCUUCGAUUACAGCCUGGAUCCCGGCGAGGAUGAGGUAGGAGAACUGGAGUUCGACCAACAUCAGGCCAUGAAUAUCGGAGCCGAGUCCUAUGAUCCCAUCGCAGGCAGCACAACAAUCAGCCAGGCAAUGGAAGUUCCCAAAAUUGUCGGGGAUGCAGUUCCUCCGCAACUGGAGGAAUCCCUGGAUGAGGGAAAGUGCAGUGGCUUUCAGAACCGCCUCUCCUCCAGAUCCACCAGAGGAUGCUGUCUGCUCAUGUAGGCCCCAAGGACUGGCGAAUUCUACACGUAUUCUAUUUACAUUUACACCUGAAUGCAUACUUAUUAAAACGUUAUAUUACUCUCUAAA